CCAAAUGGUCAACGAGUGAUGGAUACGAACAAGAGUCUUAAAAGUUGAAAACUACUACUUCAUUACCUUAUUUAAUGGACUCAAGACAAGUUGACCAUCAGAGAAUAUGGCCGUUUGUUAGUAAAGGAUAUUGGAGUCUUGAAAGUUGAACAACUUCACUCCCUUAUUUAAUGGACUUGAUAGAGUUUGACUAUCAGAGAAAAUGGCCGUUGGUCACUGCGUCAUGAUGCUAGUCUUGAAAGUUGAAGCUACUUCACUUCCUUAUAUAAUCUUGGACUUGAGAGACAACGUGACCAUCACAGAAUGGCCUCUUCCUCUUCCUUGGUUCCGUCAUCUUCGGAUUUGACUCAUGUGAUGAAAAGGGGAAGAAGAUGUAUAAACUGGUCGGAGUUUCCGUCGGAAUUGACGUCAUCAAUCCUGCAGAGGCUAGGCGCGAUUGAGAUAUUGGGAAACGCUCAGAAAGUGUGUACUUCAUGGCGUCGCGUCUGUAAAGACCCUUCUAUGUGGCGGAAGAUUGUCAUGCAUGACCUCGGAGAAAGCAUGGAGUUCGACCUCGAGAUCAUGUGCCGUCAUGCAGUCGAUCUUAGCCAGGGAGGCUUAAUUCAGAUCGAUAUUAGGCACUUUGGUACUGAUUAUCUCCUCAAGUACAUAUCCGAUAGGUUCUCUCUCUCUAUAUAUAUCUCUCUCCAAAUAAAAUUAUUGAGAAGUUAUUGUUACCUUACGAUUGUCUUUUAUUUCGCAUGUUAUGGUUCUUACUCUCUUACGUGGCUUCAGUUUUUAACUUUUACCGCAAUUAUUUGCAGGUCGGGUAAUCUCCGAAGCCUUAAACUUGCAAAGUGCUACUCAGUCACAGAUCAUGGAUUUGAAAGAGCAGUUGUGAAGCUUCCGUUACUUGAGGACCUCGAGGUCUCAUACUGCUUAUUGUCAGAAGAGUCUCUUAAAGUCGUAGGCCAGUCUUGUCAUAAUCUUAAGACACUGAAGCUGAACCGCAGGGGACUCAGACGUCCAAGAUUUGAAAAUGACGAUGAGGCUCUAGCUAUCGCUGAAACGUUGCAUGGCCUUCGUCACCUCCAGCUUUUCGGGAACAGUCUAUCAAACACCAGUUUAAGCUCCAUUCUGGACAAUUGUCCUUAUCUGGAACACCUUGAUUUACGUCAGUGUUUUAACGUCAGCAUUGUUGGGGAUUUGGAAAAGAGGUGUUCCGAGAGGAUCAAAUUUGUGAGAUACCCUAGUGACUCGACUCAUGAUUAUCCGUUUGAUGCAACGGUUUUUCAUAUGGAUUCAGAUGAAGAGGACUACGUUGAUUGUUAUGACUUUGACAAUUAUGACUGACUUUUAUUGAUAUGAUAUUUAUGAUCCUCUGAGAAUUUCAAUAACCUCUUUCUAAUUGUUUCAGUGUCCUUGGUCUUAUGUGGCUUUGUUAAGAAUGUCUUUUGCUUUUGCAUAUCUUUUUUUUUGUCUUUCUACAGUUCUAACUCUAGAAACGUUUGAAGGCUAUGUGAUCGUUUGACUUUUGAGUUAAAGUUUGUGAUUAUUCUUGAACAUUAUAGAUAUCAGGCCUUGUACUGAUUAUUCGGCUGGGAGAAUUGUCAUAAAACUACCUUGUUCUGCUUAAAACAAACACAGCAAGAAAUCUGUUGAUCAAAACGAAGGUAAUUAGGAAG